UAGCAGAGGCCGGUUUAUAGGUGGGUCUACUCAGAAGCUGAUUAUUUUUCACAGAUUCAGGGAAACAACACCCACUCCUGCUCCGUCUGACUCACAGUUUCUGAGAAAUUAAACUAAACUCUAUCUCUGUCAGUGUGAGCAGCAAAAUGGCUGAAGCUGGAGUUUUACUAGAUCAGGACCAGUUGCGCUGUGCGAUCUGUCUAGAUCUGCUGAAGGAUCCGGUGACUAUUUCCUGUGGACACAGUUACUGUAUGGGCUGUAUUAAGGGCUACUGGGACCAGCAUGAUCAUACUGGAGUCUACAGCUGUCCCCAGUGCAGAGAGACAUUCAGUCCAAGGCCUGUUCUGGGCAGAAACAUCAUGCUGGCUGAAGUGGUGGAGAAACUGAAGAAGACAGGACUCCAGGCUGCUCCUCCUGCUCACUGUUACGCUGGACCUGGAGACGUGGCAUGUGAUGUCUGCACUGGGAGAAAGCGCAAAGCUGUCAGGUCCUGUCUGGGGUGUCUCGCCUCUUAUUGUGAAACUCACCUCCAGUCUCAUUAUGAAUCUCCUGCUCUUAAGAAGCAUAAACUGGUAAAAGCUAUAGGAAACCUGCCGGAGAAGAUCUGCUCUCAUCAUAACAAACUGCUGGAGAUUUACUGUCAAACUGAUCAGCAGUGUAUCUGUUAUCUGUGUACAAUGGAUAAACACAGAGGUCAUGAAACAGUCUCAGCUGCAACAGAAAGGACAGAGAAACAGAAGCAGUUGGGGGUGACACAGAGUAAAUUUCAGCAGAUAAUCCAGGAGAGAGAGAAGGAGCUGCAGGACCUGAGACAGGCUGUACAGUCACUCAAGCGCUCUACACAGGCAGCAGUGGAGGACAGCAGCAGACUCUUUACUGAGUUGAUCCACUCUAUUAAAAGAAAACGCUCUGAGGUGAUAGCUCUGAUCGAAAAUCAGAAGAAGGCUGCAGUGAGUCGGGCUGAAGGACUCCUUGAACGACUGGAGCAGGAGAUUGCUGAGCUGAGGAGCAGAGACACUGAGCUGGAGCAGCUUUCACACACAGAGGAUCACAUCCAUUUCCUACAGAACUGCCCGUCUCUUUGUGCCCAUCCUGGACAUGGAGACAUACCCACUAUCAUUCCUCAAGUUUCCUUUGAAGCUGCAGUCAAAUCUGUUUCUGAACUGAAAGAGCAACUGAAGGACGUCUGCAAAAGGGGAUUUCUUAAGAUCACUGAAUCAGUGAAAGAGGCUGAUGUUAUACAAAUUCCAAAACCGACAGUUAGAGAGGAGUUCUUACAAUAUUACUGUCAUCUCACACUGGACCCCAACACAGCCUAUUCACAACUGUCCCUGUCCGAGGGGAACAAAGAGGUGACCCGUGUCAAAGAGAGCCAGUCAUAUCCUGAUCACCCAGCCAGAUUUGACUACUGGGAGCAAGUGCUGUGCAGAGAGGGUCUGUCUGGACGCCAUUACUGGGAGGUUGAGUGGAGUGGGAAAGGGGAUGUUUAUAUAGCAGUGUCAUAUGAAGGGAUAAUGAGGAAUGGGUGGGGUCACAAUGCUCUCCUUGGAUAUAAUGACAAGUCCUGGAGCCUGUGGUGCACUCCUUCCAAAUGUUAUUUUUAUCACAACAAAAUAUGUAUAACACUCCCUGUGGCUCCCUCCUCCAGAAUAGGAGUGUACCUGGAACACAGGGCAGGAACUCUGUCCUUCUACAGCGUCUCUCGCACAAUGACCCCCCUGCACAGAGUCCAGACCACAUUCACUCAGCCCCUCUAUCCUGGGUUCUAUGCUAACACUGCAGGGUCUACCAUUAAACUGUGCACAGUGGGAUCGCACUGAGAUGACAUUCAUCUUUAACAUUAAUGACAGGCACACUGCAACCUCUAAAGUGGACACGCAAGAGCAAUUGAAGGCAGAUCUGAAUGCCAUGCAUGCAAUCACAUUCUUGACUUUUCUGAGCUUCCCCAAAAGUUUGGGGAAGGCCCUUUCACGUUUCAGCAUGACAAUGCUCCCGGGCACACAGCAAGGUCCAUAUAGAAAUGGACCUUUACAGAGCCCUGACCUCAACCCCAUCCAACACCUUUGGGUUCAAUUGCACAGCCAAUUGCGAGCCAGGCCUAGUCGCCUAAUCAGUGCCUGACCUCACUGAUGCUCUUCUGGCUGAACAGAAGAAAAUUCCUGCAGCAAUAUUAAUGCCCAUAAUUUGGAUGAGAUGUUAGAUCUCAGGUGUCCUCAUACCUUUGGCCAUGUAGUGUAUGUGUAAGGGAUCAAUUAUGUGCAAUGUGUGGGGUUUGCAGAGCACUUUUUUAUUUUCUUCCGAGCAUUACGUACUUCAUACCUCCCUGCAAAUGUGAUUUCACUGUUCAUUUUGGGAAGCAUCUACACUUGAUUUCCAUAUGAUUUAUAAAAUGUAUACAUGCUCUUAAACAUAUGAUAGAGUAACGGUUAUAGUACUGAUGGUCUUUUCUGUAACCUGCCUUCCAAAUGGGAAGAUAUAAAUGCUGGUGCUGAAAGUUAGGGACUCAGUGGAAUCCUCUUCACUUCAAGAGCAAUCAGAGCGAGAAUUUAUUUAUAAUUAUAUUAUGUUUAUUCUAUCAUAAUUUACUUUUAAAUAUUAUGUUAACCUAUUAAAUUUAACGUUUUUAACUCAAUUGAUGAGAAAUGUCUGUUGAUUACAAAAGUGAUUACAUGACCCUAUUUCCCAGUGAGAAUAAGUGAUAUGAUUUUUAUGUUUAUAGAAUUAGCUAUGUUACCGCUCAAUGUAUAGGAGAAAAUAAAUAUAUAAUCUUAAAAGAAAGAAAGACAAGACAUUAAAAAUACUGGUUUAUUUUUUGUUUAUAUGAAUCACUACAUCAUCUGCAUGUAAAACUUUUUUUAUUUGAAUGAACUGGGCAACAAUU